AACACGCGAUGUUUGGACACACAGUACAUCUGUUGCAAACGUUAGAGUUGACGGUUUAGGUUUCAGUCUGUGUUUGUCCGGCACUACAGCUAGGUAGCACUAUAAUCAAUAUUGUGGUCCGAAGAGGGAGUUUAAUUGCUAAAACAGUGGAGAUGCACCUUGCAACAGCUAAGUGGUAUGACAGACGGGACUCUGUUUUUGUAGAGUUCUGCGUGGAAGACAGUAAAGAUGUCCAAGUGAAUUUUGACACGUCCAAAAUUCAUUUCAGCUGUCUCAGUGGAACCGAUAAUAUCAAACACCAGAAUACAGUGGACCUGUUCGGGGAGAUUGACCCAAAAGGAUCCAAACACAGACGCACUGACAGGUCUGUGUUGUGUUGUUUACGAAAAGCAGAAGCUGGGAAAUCAUGGCCACGACUUACCAAAGAUAAGACAAAGAACAACUGGCUGAGUGUGGAUUUCAGUAACUGGAAAGACUGGGAAGAUGACUCAGAUGAGGACCUGUCACGUUUUGACAAAUUCUCAGAGAUGAUGAACAACAUGGGAGGAGAGGAUUUACCUGAUUCAGAUGCUGCAGAUGAUGAGCAUGAUUCUGCAGACAGUGAUGAUGAAUAAAUGUCCAAUCUUGAGUAGAUGAAUAUGGAGGCCAUCUCAGUAGUAAACAAAGCGAGUUAUAAGUCGGUUGAAGAGAGACUAGACAUGAGUUGGCGGCCAUGUUGGAGAGGAAACCUCAUCUCUCUACGCAGUUUCCAAAGCGAAACCCCUCAAGGGAGUGACAGGGAGUGACUGUUGGAUACAGACAUGCACAGAGACAUCCAUAGAGACAUACAGUGCUGUGCUUUGCUGUUCUGUUCUGCAUGGACAAUUCUGUUCAAAUGAAAACGUUUUUAUUCAUUGACUUCAAUGACUGUAAUGGGAUGUGCUGAUGUCUUACACCUUCUCGCUCUUUUUUUUUAUGUUAGACUGUAUUGAACAUUGUGAUUUCUAAUGAAAAAAAAUAACUCAAAAUUCCUAUUUUCCAAAACAGUAGAUUUUUUUAACGACAGAUUUUCCCCUUUAAUGUUUGUAUUGUAAAUUGCACUUAUUUUGUUUGUUAAUUUAAAGAGCAGGAGGUCUGCUUGAAAUGGGUUUUCCAAUGUUUGCCAACAUCUGCAAAUAUUUAAUAAUAAUUUCCUUUUUUUAAACAUUUCAGCAUUCAAAAUAAACAGAUAUGCUUGUGCAACUUACAGCUUGUGUUGAGAUUAUGGUAUUAGAGUGGUACAAUCUUUGCAUAUAGUCAAGUUUGUUUCUCUAUGCCAGUGUACAAACAUUGCACAUUAUAGCAGGUACAAAUAUUUUCUUCCAGAGGUGAGUGCAGAAAUCAUAUGUAGUGUUUCCUAAAUAGUUGAAACAACACAGGUUAUAAAUGUUUGUCAUUUACAUUCACUAGAACUAUGCUUUUGAGGCUUGUGUGUUUGAUUCAGCACAUGUUGAACACUUGCAUUUGUCUUAUGCUGUGGUAGUUUGGGUUUACAUUUCUAAUAAAUUCAGACCAUUGAA